AAUCUCCACGAAGGCGAAAGUAUCCGGCUAUUUUCCGCCCAAAAGCUUUAAAAUUGGCCUCAAAUUCGGUUAUAAAUGCACCGAUUGCCUCCCAGAGAGUUGAGAAACAUGUUAUAGUUCUCGAGCUGCGCAUAACCAUAACAAACAACCCUAUUGGAACUCCCAAACGGACGAUAACAAAAACAAGACUCUUUGACCAGGAGAGAGAGAGAGAGUGAUUGACCGGAAUGCUUCUGAACACUGUUUACCAACUGCCGGGAAAGAUACUGCUCUCGGCCAGCAAUGGAUCUCUUCUGCAACGCAUUCCAUCGACGAUUGCAAAUCGAGUCCAAGCCGGAACCACUCGCCGGAAGCAACUCUUUCGCUGUGCAUUUCUGAACCCAGCCUGUCUGUACCAUCAGAACCAGGGAGAUGGAAACAACAACCGUCUGCUGGGUGGCCCGCCGAAUGUUCCUUUUUACAAGUGCUUUUCAUCGUCGCUUAAGAAGGAGGAAUUCCAAAUCAAGUCAGUCGAAGGAGCGGAGAUCCUACAGAAUGUGCUGGAAAAGAACAAACAGAUGCUUCAGGAGAAGAAGAAGGUGAUUAUUCAGGAUAUACGCGAUAGGAAGGACAAGGUCAAGGAGCGGGUGGAAGAAGUUAUCGAGCGGGAGAAUGUGGCAACGAUUCCGAACUUGCUGUGCAUCGGGAGAAUCGUCAUGUCGCCGUACUUGGGCUACGUAAUUGUGCAGUCGGAAUUUUCGUUGGCCAUGGGUAUGUUGAUAGUGGCUGGAUUGACCGAUAUGGCGGAUGGUUCCAUUGCAAGGCACUGGCCCAGCCAGGCAAGUCGGUUGGGUUCGUUUUUGGAUCCGAUGGCGGACAAGAUCCUGGUCGGAUCGCUGGUGAUUUCGAUGAGCUACGUGGAUCUGCUGCCACUGUGGUUGACUGGGAUGAUCCUGUUUAGGGAUCUAUUCCUGAUCGGAGCCGGAUUUGUGAUACGCUACAUUAGUCUACCUCAGCCGCGCACAUUAUCACGUUAUUUCGACGUUACGCACGCCACUGCUCAGCUUGCACCGACUUUUAUUAGCAAGGUCAACACUGCCGUACAGCUGGUCGCGGUGGCCACCACCCUGGGGGCACCAAUCUGGAACUACGUGGAUCAUCCAUAUCUGCAUGCACUGUGGUAUCUGACGGGAUUCACCACGAUGGCUGCUGCCCUGAGCUACAUAAUCAACAAGGACACGUACAAGAUUCUGAAGAAGAAUAAGAAACCGUGAAGCCCUCCCAGUUUGAUUUGUUAUCUUUUUCGUUAUCCUUACUGGACAUUGUGUUUACCAACUUUGGUCCUUCCCACGUUUGGAACAUCCUUCAAACAAAAUUGUAUAUACCAUUUUAAUAAAAGUUUAAUUUUUGA